GGUCGGUGCCGUCUCCGCGCGCCCGGUGGUGGAGGAAGAAAGUAUUUUGUCACCUAACAGCAGCCCAACAAAAAAAGGACAAAAUGUUUAGAUGAGAGCCCAUCCAUAAUCAAGCUCCGACAAUCAGCCAACCCUGAUUGGACUCUUUCCUCUCGUCGAGUUGCUGUCUGCAGCCGCUGCAGGAGCCGGAGUCGCCAUGGAGACAGUGGUGAUUGUGGCCAUCGGGGUGUUGGCCACCAUUUUCCUGGCUUCCUUCAUUGCCCUGGUGAUGGUGUGCAGGCACCGCUACUGCCACCCUCAUGACCUGCUGCAUCACUUCGACUCCAAACCCACGGUGGAUCUGAUUGGAGCGAUGGAGACCCAGAGUGAGCCGUCAGAGCUGGAGCUGGAUGAUGUGGUCAUCACCAACCCUCACAUCGAGGCCAUCCUGGAGAACGAGGACUGGAUAGAAGAUGCCUCGGGUUUGGUGUCUCACUGCAUCUCCAUCCUGAAGAUCUGCCACACCUUGACUGAAAAGUUGGUUGCCAUGACAAUGGGCUCAGGGGCGAAGGUCAAAGCACCAGCCAGCCUCAGCGACAUUAUCACUGUGGCCAAACGCAUCAGCCCGAGGGUUGACGAUGUGGUCAGAUCUAUGUACCCUCCUCUGGAUCCCAUCCUCCUGGACGCCAGGGCCACUGCGCUCCUCCUCUCAGUCAGUCACCUCGUUUUGGUCACCCGCAAUGCCUGUCACAUGUCAGGCAGUAUGGACUGGAUCGACCAGUCGCUCCACGCGGCUGAAGAUCACAUGGUGGUUCUCCGGGAGGCGGCGCUGGCUUCUGAACCAGAACGAAACAUACCUGGAGCGGACACACAACGAGAACAGGCCAUCUAGAGCGCACUCACCCCAAAAACACCAGGACGGCAUAAAUAUUUGCCUAAUUUGCUGUAUAUCCUCAAGCUGCCACUCCUGUAAAUUCUGUACUCAGCUGAUAUUCAUCGAGCACAUACUCUGUCAGACGGCGUUGAAUAGCCAUAGUUUCCCAAACACAGUUUCCAGUCCAAAUUCAUGAUACUUCCAAUCAGUCCUCCAAAAGGCUGGGUAGAUGGGAGUUAGGAAACUUGGCUCUGUCAUUCGUUUUUGCUGUGUGUUUAAGAAAAGACAGUAUAAAAUAGUUUUCUUUUCAUACUUGCCCUCCUUGGCAAGGAGUGCCGCAGCUUAUCUUGUACACACGUUCCCACCAGCUCUUCAUUGUAAGAAAAAAAAAAAAAAGCAUUUCACAUUUGCUGUCGCUGCAUAGUUGGCUGAAGCUCAUGUUACACUUACGUAUACCGGUGGCUGUUGUACAUAACCAGUGCUCUCUCUCUCUCUCUCUCUCUUUUUUUUUUUUUUGCUUUUUUUUCUAAAGUUUGUCUGCUGUUUGAGGUGUAGCUGUGGUUCACUGGCCUCUUGAUACUCCUUCCCGUGCACCCCAUCACUCAGAGGUGGGCCCAAAUCCAAUCUCAUCAGGGCUGCUCAGUCACAUGGAGGCUUAGUCAGCUUAAUCCAUGCUGGGGAAAAUAACACCCAGUUACCCAGCACCAAAAGGGCUCCAACUCAGUGGACGGACAGGAGAACCUGACUUAUUUACAGCUUUUGGUGUUAGCCACCGAAAGGAAAGUCCACCCUCAGAUAUUCAGUGCAUUUUAGGAGUUUUGUAAUGAAGUGUUGCAGUUUACUUGUUUGUUGUAUCCGCCUCCCUCCAAUAAGUCUUUUCUACUUCUUGUUCUACCUCCGGUGAAAUUGUGACUUCAGAGGAGGAAUUUGCAAAACUCAAUCAAAAUGAGUCUCACCUGUGCAACACACGUAAGAACGCCCCCUCCACUGAUUUCAAACAGGCGAGUAAUGCUGCAUUUGCAUCCUCAUUGGAUUCAUGGGAUGCUUCGGAAGCUACUACAUCCGGGUUUUUGCAAAGUUUAAAAAAUCCAGUUGAAUUCAUGUGCUUUGGAAGUCAGAAGCAGGAAUGCUUAAGCCUAAAAGUGUGGGUUUUACACACACACACAAAAAAAAGCCAAUGUCAAAUUUAUUAUCUUUUACAGAAAAACUGCUCUGGGCAGCCACUUUGAAACAUCCCACCUGGGGCAAUUUGUGCCACAUCUAGAAUUUCAAUUUAGCCAAAUUGAUUAUACAACUUUGAAGAGGCAUUCAUAUGCACCUCUUGCUUGGAAACUGGAAUAUUCAGUAAAAUCAACACCUCAUAAAAUGGGAGUAAGAGCUAAUUAGAGGCACUUGACAAAACCAACUCAUGUCCUCAUUAAGCUGCUGCACAUGUGAGACAUGACAUUUUUCAGGUGAACUGUUUGAAGAGGAGGCUUGAAAAUAACUGAGAUCAUGAGGUCAGCGGAGGAAGAGGGUUUUUUUUUGUGUGUUUUGUUUUUUUUUCAGUUGAAAAGAGUAUGAGUCACAUCCUCUUGUCUUGCAGCUGCAUUGCAUUCUGGUCUAUCGAGGCUGCUGUCAGGGGAGAAAUUAGCUUGCCUCUUACACAAUGGAUUUCUCUGUGUGUGUGAUUGUUCAACAUUGGAAAAUCAGUCUAGACAGAAGCCCUUUCUCUCUGAGGGACUGAGUACAAUCUGAUGUUUACCAUUGUAAGAGCUUGUUGAAAUGUCCUGCUAUUGAACUCCAUUGUCACUGCCUUGGAAAUGUCAUGGUGUAGCAUCACAUCAUCUGCAUUUGCUGAGUUAUGCGUAGGAAUAAGCCAAAUUACAGCACCAAAUAACAAACUGGACCCAGGAAUUCAAGGUACAUCACCAACAGCGAGAAAAAGUAGUUUUCCUUGAAGAAUUGUCCGUUGUUUUUCGAGGUGAUUUGUGCCAUCUUUGUGUAUUUGUGUGGCAAAAGGAUGUUUUUCGAGUGUGUUAAGUGAGGUGAAGCAGAAUUAGCAUGUUGUUCUGACCAGAGGGAUGUUAUUGGAGCAUGCCUACCUGCCUCCCCAUGCAUAGCUAAUACUGAACCCCCAAGGAGCCCUAAUAAGGCAUUACUCAUGGCCAGGAUGAACACAUGGUCUCCGCACAGCCACAGAGCACAUGGCACAACACUUUUGUACACACAAGCUGGCGGACAAAUGAGCACAGUGAUACAUCACAUGCAAGGCCGCACACACUACUGUAAAACACAUAAUUAUCUCAGAUGAUGCUCUCAAACACACCGUAGACCUUACGCUGACAAAUCAGGAAAUCCUCUUGAAAUGCAGCAGCCUUUUUUUUUUUUUUUUUUUUUUACUUUUCCAUUUUGUUAAUAGAAAUUGAAAUCGAGCACUAAGCAAAAACUGUUUAUAGCUCUGGGCAUGCAGAGAUGUUUUGACGGACUAAUAUCGAUUGAGGAGGAAACAUUUAGAAAGUGGUUACCCUUUUAUUUUUUUUCUUGUUUACAUGGUUUAUUGGAAUUGAUCUUUUUGUAAGCACUCCUUUGUUUUCCUAUCCCUAUCCCACAGUUUGUUACUGAUGUCCCUCGUUUCCUCCUGCAGACCUUUUUUCUUUUUCCUUCCAUUGAUUUGUACAGAUAAAAUUAAGUUUCAUAGGAAAAUG